AUGCCCUCCCUCUUCCACAAGAUCCUCCACCGCAAAUCAAAGUCCACCUCCUCCUCCGCCGCUUCCCCUUCUUCCCCGGCCUCAAAAUCCACCCCCAACCUCGCCCAGUCCACCUCCAGCAAAAAUGGGAGCAGCUCGAGGCUCCUGAGGCGUACGCCUUCAGCGUCUGCUGGUGGUAGGGGAAAAGGAGAAUGGGGUGCGAUGCAGGGAGCAGUCGUUCCGCCGACACCGCCAAAGCCGACUUUUGGGAGUGUGAAUGGGAGGCUGAAUGGCGUGAGCGCCACUUCUCCGCAAAGGGCGCAGUUCGACACUGGCAUCUCUGCCGACGCCGGGAGGAGGGAAGAAGAAGACGUUGUAGUUAUCGACCCUUCUCGCGAUCCCCGUCAUUGUCAACCCCAAUCGCGCUCUCGCUUCUCCCCGCCCAACAGCGCCGAUUCGAACGCUACCACCUCCACUUCCCUAUCCCAAGACGGGACCGUCGUCCCCGGUACGAACGGUCUCAAGCGAGGCGGGACCCUGAGAAGCGUGCGAAAGCUGGAAGAAGAAGGGCGUAUGGAUGAUUUCCCUUCGCCGCCUACACGGCAGAACGAGCUUAUCCUGCCAAGUGCCGGCCACGGGCAAGGGUACGAAGCAAGGACGAGCCCGGGGCUAGCUAUUCCAGUCGGCAGCGGUACUUGGAUCCCCUCUCAACACUCCCCUUCUUCAUCCUCCCUCUCCUCCCCUUCCCCUGAACAACCUCUUUCGGACGGGUUCUCCCGCCUCGCUAUCGACCCCCGACAAGGCUCCCGAGACGCGCGCGAGAGGGAAGCAGCCCUCGCAGCCGGCCGUGCGCCGUCUGCUGCUGCGACGUCUACGGCAGGGCACUCGGCUUAUGAGACUGCUCCUUCGUCUCCGACUGGCGAGAAGGCUUCUCUGGUUGGGUCGGAUACGGCUACAGAAAGGGGUGUGCCCGUUACUGCCUAUUCUUACGCUGCGCAAGAGGCGAGUGAAGAUCCCCUUGCCGCUUUGGAAGAACACCGCCGCGUACUGUCGGACAGACUUCAUUCUGAGAUAUCCUCGAACUUGGCUUCAUACCCGAUUUUGACAGAUGAGGGUCAAGAGACGUUCAAAAGGGCGGGGAUGGAUGGGUUAGUUGGGACGCCGGGGACGGUAGAUAUCCAGACGAGGUGGUUGGAACCAGUCAUUCAAGAGCAUAUAAGACCCCAAGUGCAUACAGAGUAUACCACCGUCAUCGACAGACAUAUCAUCCAUCACCAUACCCACCCCAAGAUCCAACCGGUCAAAGACCCAUCCCCCACCACCCAGACCCCCAAACACCGCAUCUUCUCCCCCCAAACCAACUCCUGGCACGAGCUCUCCCCCGCUUCCGCCCGCCUCGUUCUCGGCGACGACGUCUUCUUCAACGGACCCCAAGAAGCUCGGGAAGAAAGAUUCUCCCUCCUCCCCGGCUUUGGCAAGAUGCUCCCCGCAGACGAGGGGCGGUGGACGAAGGAUGCUGGUGGAGAGUGGGUGGAAAGGCCGAAGGAGAAGGUGGUUUAUGAGGAUGUACCUGGUGGGGAAGAAGAGGGAGAGGGAGGGUUCAGGUGGGGGAGGGGCAAUGGGAAAGUGUGGGAGAGAGAGUAUCCUCUGGGGGCGGCGGCGGAGGAGAAGGGGGAUUGGACGGAUGUGUUGGGACUUCGGUCUGGAAAGAGCGGGAAGAGCGAGGGAAGUGGAGGGUUGCCGAGGAGCGGGAGCCAGAGUGUUGGUGUAGCUUUGUAG